AUGGCUUCUCUGGGCUGCCCAAGGGGACUAACAGUGUGUGCAGCACUGCUAGCGGUGUUCCUUGCGAGAGCUAGUGGGAUUGAUAUCUUCCUUGAAUGGAAUGUUGCACUUGACAAUACCAUCAGACCUGUUACAGUUGAACAACCAGUUAUCACCAUCAAUGGUAUGUUCCCUGGACCUCUGAUCAAUGCUACAACAAACGAUUUCGUCCAUGUCAACGUUUUCAACAAUAUGGAUGAGCCUUUGCUCUUUACAUGGAAUGGUAUACAACAGAGGCUAAAUUCAUGGCAGGAUGGAGUUUCUGGGACAAACUGUCCUAUUCAACCUGGUAAAAACUGGACUUACGUGUUUCAGACCAAGGACCAAAUUGGCAAUCAUUUCUACUUUCCUUCUAUCAACUUCCAGAAAGCUGCUGGAGGAUUUGGGCCAAUUCGAGUCAACAAUCGCAAUGUUAUCCCUGUCCCCUUCCCAAAACCAGAAGCUGAGUUUGAUCUUCUGAUAGGUGAUUGGUUUUAUGACAGUUACAAUAAAACCAGAUCAAUGAUGGCCUCCAUGGCAAAUAUUAUCACCCCAGAUGUUAUUCUAAUGAAUGGAAAAGGCCCUUAUGGCCAUUCAUUAUCAAAAGCCUAUGAAUCCUUUACCGUCACACAAGGAAAGACUUACAGAUUCGGGAUAUCAAAUGUUGGGAGUGCAUUCAGUUUCAACUUCAGGGUUCAAAAUCAUAAGAUGGUUUUGGUGGAAACAGAAGGGUCUUACACCAAUCAGAUGACACUGGAUUCUCUUGACGUGCAUGUUGGUCAAUCCUACUCAGUUCUCGUCACAGCUGAUCAGAAUGAAGCUGAUUACUAUAUUGUGGCAAGCCCUUUGUUGCUCAACUCUAGCAGUCCUGGGGGUUUCGAUGGUGUAGGGGUGCUACGCUAUUCGAACUCCCUUACACCAGUUAAUGGUCCUCUCCCAGGAGGUCCUGAUCCAUUUGAUCUGGAUUCUUCGGUCAAUCAAGCAAGAUCUAUCAGGUGGAACCUGACAGCAGGAGCUGCGAGGCCUAACCGACAAGGAGCUUUUAAUGUAACAAAUGUUACCUUGUCUCAAAACUUCAUCCUAGACGGAUCAACGGCAGAAAUUGGGGGCGCACAACGUUAUGCUGUCAACAAUGUGUCAUACUACACCUUAAACACCCCAUUGAAACUGGCAGAUCACUUCGUCAAUGGGUCUGGUGUUUACCAACUAGAUCGGUUUCCAGUUAAUUUUGUCAAUGCUAAAGCUGCUUAUGGAGUUUCUGUUGUUACUGGAAUUCACAAAGGGUGGAUAGAACUUGUCUUUGUGAAUAGCUUGAAUACCAUGGAUGCAUGGCAUUUAGACGGUUUUGGGUUCUACGUUGUUGGAUUUGGCAAUGGAUUGUGGGGACCUGAGGCUCGCAAUGAUUACAAUAUUUACGACCCAGUUGUCCGGUCCACCGUGCAAGUGUACCCCAACGGAUGGACUGCAGUAUAUGCAUUCCUAGACAAUCCUGGAAUGUGGAACCUCCGGUCACAAAGCUUGAAAAAUUGGUACUUAGGCCAGGAACUGUAUAUACGAGUCUUUGACGAUGAUCCUAAUCCUGCCAAGGAGCGUCCACCACCUAAUAACCUACUUCUAUGUGGUUAG